UUCUCACAGAGUUUGAGUAAAUCAACGGAAAAAGAUAACAUUUUUGCUUUCAUUUUGGAUCAUUUGGAUAACCAUGAGUGGUGGAUGUCCAUACUUCGAGAAAAGGCACUUGCUAUUCAAGAGCAAGCUGCAUCUAGAAGAGGAAGACGACUCGCAAGAAGGAAUCAACAAGGCCAGCAAAGGUGGCAUCAUCUAUGGUGACUACCUUCAGCUUGAUAAGGUUGUGACCGCCCAAGUUCUCCAGAGUGAACUGAAGGGGAACAAAAUCCACGAUGAGCAUCUUUUCAUUGUCACACAUCAAGCUUAUGAACUCUGGUUCAAGCAGAUUCUAUGGGAACUGGAUUCAGUGCGAGAGAUUUUCAUCAGUGGACAUGUUCGCGAUGAACGCAACAUGCUGAAGGUCAACACCCGCAUACACAGGAUUGUUAUGAUCUUCAGGCUGCUGGUCGACCAGUUCGCCGUACUCGAGACAAUGACCGCCUUAGACUUCUAUGACUUCAGAGAGUACCUGUCCCCUGCCUCCGGGUUCCAAAGUCUCCAGUUCCGUCUGUUGGAGAACAAGAUUGGGGUCCCUGACAACCUGAGAGUCCCCUACAACAGGCGCCACUACAGGGACAACUUCAAAGGACAUGAGAGUGAGAUGCUGCUUAGAUCUGAGAAGGAGCCUUGCCUGCUGAAAUUGGUGGAGAAAUGGCUGGAAAGGACCCCAGGUCUUGAAGAGGAUGGGUUUAACUUUUGGGUUAAACUGGAAGCCAACAUCUUUGAAGGGUUGAGUCUUGAAAAAAAUAAAAUAGAGAAAAUGCAAGACUCCGAGGAGAAGGAGGAGAUGAUGGAAGAGAUGACAAAACAAAAAGAGCUAUUUACUUCUCUGUUUGAUGUCAAAAGACAUGAGCAUCUUUUGGGCAAAGGUGAGAGACGGAUCUCCUACAAAGCUCUCCAAGGAGCUCUGAUGAUCUACUUCUACAGGGAGGAGCCCAGGUUCCAGGUUCCCUUCCAACUCCUGUCCAACCUGAUGGACAUUGAUACCCUCAUGACAAAAUGGAGAUACAACCACGUGUGCAUGGUGCACAGAAUGAUUGGCAGCAAAGCAGGCACCGGAGGCUCAUCUGGCUACCACUAUCUGCGCUCUACUGUCAGUGAUCGCUACAAAGUCUUUGUGGAUCUCUUCAACCUGGCCAUGUUUUUGAUACCUCGGCAUUGGGUGCCUAAACUAGACCCCAAUGAGCACACCUUCCUGUUCACCGCAGAGUACUGUGACAGCUCCUACUGCAGUAGUGAGGAUUCAGACUAGCAGACCGUCGCAACUGUCUAAAGUGGUCGGUGCAGACUGAGGAAAGGUGCCAAUGAGAGGAAGCCACUUUAGACCUAAGGAACAUCUACAUAAUCUAGAGUGUCAUACAAGCUAGCUAUGACCUGGUAAAGUCUCACCUACACCCAAUAAAGCGACAAGUAACAUAGUAUAUCAUCAUAACCACAAAGGCAUCCCUCCCCCUCAGAACAGAA